AUGCUCAACCUAGACCUCCAGGCCCUGUAUACCGCCGCGAUUGCAGGGCUGCCUGGCUGGGCCGCCCUCAUCUGGCAGGCCGCGCGAGGGCCUGGACAGUCCGCCGCCCCUGAGGGCGGAGGAGACCACCCAGGGCACAAGGAGGAGUGCCCCGAGGUGAUCUGUGUGUGCCCGGAGGUGGUCUGCCCGAGGCCGGAGUGCCCAGAGACAGAUUGCCCAAUCGUCGAGUGCCCGUCGGUGCCCGACCCCAGGGAGCUGUACCCCUUGCUGGAGGAGGGCCUCUUCGCCUUCCUCUUCGUGCCGCUGCUGAUCGCGACAGCUGCGGGAGUGCUACUCGGCCGCUGGUGCGCCAGGAGGGCGCUGAGUCAGAAGGAGGCGGGCGGUCAGCAGGUCAUCCCGCCCGUGACGGACGAGAGGCGGCGGCAGCUCGCCGCUGAGCAGGUGGCUGCCGUUCGAGCUCGCCGAGAGGCGGUGCGCCACACACAGCAGUGA